ACUACACGGUUGUCUCUAUGCGAGAUUUGUUUGUCAACGGACGGGCUGGAAAUUCCACGGGGACCUGGGAGCCAAUACAGUUUUGUGGUGACAGUUGUGCUACGUUUGUUAAACACGAGUAAAGGCAGUCGAUAACUGUUGGGAAUUUUGUCACGGGUUCAUAUUUACUAUAGUAAACGAGAAGCGUUUCUUUUUUCCCCCUUAACGGCUUAUGCUAGUGCGUUGUCCUUCGUCGUCCAGCCGGCUUCGUUAGCUUAGCUAGCUAGCUAGCUGCGUUGCGCCUAUGGGGAGUGUUAAAAAGCGCGUCUACGCGAAGGUUGUUUGGUGCGUUUUACUGGAAAACACUGCUAAUCAUUACGCUAGGAAUAUGCAUCGCAAUCGAACCAGUGGCUACAUUGAAGUAAAGUGACAGAAAGAGGCGAUACUGUUUUACAAGUUAUGAACAGUUUUAAUAUUAAGUACUCGUGUUUGAGGAAAGAUAGCGAAAGUCCGGGAGUCAGUGCCGAGUCCAGCAACAACAACAAGAAGAAGUGGGCUCUGGGGGACGAUGUCUUCUGUUGUCACGAGAUGAGUUUUGUGGACGAAUCGGUGCAGGCGGGGAUGUCCUCGGUCCAGUCGGGGCUGGAGGGACACCUGCCGCUACUACACCGCGGCGCUCAGAGCGAGCUGCUGCUGGACCUAAACUCCCCGGAAGCCUACCUCGACGGCAGCCCUUUGGACUUCGCAGACCCCGACAGGAACAACGGCAGCCCCCAGUUCGAGAGAAGGAAGAGGUCCAGGUCCAACAGCUCCAGGCACAGGUUUAAUGAAGUCGUCACCGAGCUAGUUCCCGAGGAGGUCCGGUGGUUCUACAAGGAGGACAAGAAGACGUGGAAGCCCUUUCUCGGACACGAUUCUCUUAAAAUGGAGCUUAUGUUUCGGAAAUACUGCGAACUGAACCCUUCUUGUUCUGCUGCUGUUCGUCGCAAAGUCAGCGGAGAGCGGCGGGAGAGCGGCAGCACAGGUCCGGAGAGUCCGGAACCGAACGGUGCCGCUGUCCCAGGAGAGACUGCGAGCUGCAGCGCACGUGAAGGCCGUGGUUCCUCUGAUGAGAGGGACCCGGACGGCAUUGAAAUCAACGUAGAACCCGUCUGUGUUCGAGGAGGGCUGUAUGAGGUUGACAUCAAGGAGAAGGAAUGUUUUCCUGUCUACUGGAAGCAACAAGACCAUAUUCCUGUGAUGAGAGGCCAGUGGUUUAUUGAUGGGACGUGGCUCCCGCUGGAGGAGGAGGAGAGCGACCUGAUUGAGGAAGAGCAUCUGAACCAUUUCCGAGGACAGCAGAUGCAAGAUACCAUUGAGACGGAUUUAGUGGUCAAAACAGUUGAUAGCAAAGAUGUUCUCUUCCACCUGCCCCCUUUCUACCUCCCUUUUCUGUUCAAAUGGAGUGGAUAUCAGACGAGUGCUAAAACUAGAUGUCACAAGCGCAAACGCUGCCAAGCCAUCCACAGUCUGAAGUUGAGCCGGACCCACGUGGAUUGGCACAGCGUGGACGAAGUCUACCUCUACAGUGAUGCUACCACCUCCAAAAUUGCACGCACUGUCACCCAAAAACUGGGCUUCUCUAAAGCAUCAAGCAGCGGCACACGGCUCCAUCGGGGUUACGUUGAAGAGGCCUCUCCAGAGGAUAGACCCCCCCACACAACGCACAUUGUCUUUGUGGUGCAUGGGAUUGGGCAAAAGAUGGAUCAGGGGCGCAUUAUUAAAAACACUGGAAUGUUGAGGGAAGGUGUAAGGAAGAUGGAAGACAAGCACUUUUCAAAACACAAAGACGAGCAUGUGGAAUUCCUUCCUGUCGAGUGGCGUUCAAAACUCACUCUAGAUGGAGAUACAGUAGAGUCGAUCACACCAGACAAAGUCAGAGGACUGAGAGACCUCCUGAACAGCAGUGCCAUGGAUAUUAUGUACUACAACAGCCCUCUUUAUCGGGACGAAAUCACCAAGGGCCUCACGCAGGAGCUGAACAGACUGUACUCACUCUUCUGCUCUCGGAACCCGGAGUUUGAGGAGAAGGGCGGCAAAGUGUCCAUCGUGGCUCAUUCCCUUGGCUGUGUCAUCACCUAUGACAUCAUCACAGGCUGGGAUCCCGUGCGCUUCUGUCUGCAGGAGCAUCGUGCAGUAGAGGAGGAGACGGAUUUGCGGUGGAUGUCCUACGAGGAGAAGCAGCUGUUGCAACAGCUGAAAAACACACGCAGUAGGUUAUUAGACUUGGAGAAUCAGCUUGUAGCUCUCGAGGCCUCGAGGCCUUCAGUCCCUCCAGCUCUCAAAUUUAAGGUGGAAAACUUUUUCUGUAUGGGUUCUCCCUUGGCCGUGUUUUUGGCACUGAGAGGGAUCCGUCCAGGCAUCAGCUGCCAUCAAGACCACAUCUUACCCACCUCCAUCUGCAGCCGGCUCUUCAAUGUCUUCCACCCCACAGACCCUGUGGCAUACAGGCUGGAGCCGCUCAUCCUAAAGCAUUACAGUAACAUUGCACCUGUCCAGAUACACUGGUCUAGUGCCACUAACCCUACACCCUAUGAUGAAAUCCGGCCUUCAUUCCUAAACCCUGUGAAGGAUCCACCAUCUGACACGGAGAGCAUUCCCAGCCCAAGCACGUCUCCCGUCCUUCUCCGUAAGAACUAUGGAGAGUCCAUCACCAGCUUGGGAAAGGCGAGCAUACUCGGAGCUGCAAGUAUAGGGAAGGGCAUCGGCGGAAUCCUCUUUUCCCGUUUUUCCCGCUCCAACAGCCAGCCUUCGGUGUCUUUAGGACUUGAGGGAGGGCCAAACUGUGAGGAAGAGGAGCAAAGUCGCACUGAAAGCCAAUCAGCUUAUGGCCUCUCCACUAUGAUUCGACCCAUGUCCCCUACCGCUGACACAUCAUUGGAGCUGGAGAGACGGAUUGAUUUUGAACUCCGGGAGGGUUUGGUGGAGAGCCGCUACUGGUCAACAGUGACCUCACAUACAGGCUACUGGUGCUCACACGAUAUUGCACUCUUUUUGUUGACCUUUAUAUAUAAGCAGAAGUCAACAAUCUCUGCCCCGUUAGAAGACACUCCAGAGUCGGACUGAGGCCGAACACACGAGUUCAACAUGUUACAACCCACCACACAUCUGAAGGGUGUUGUGUUACACCAUAGGCAUUUGGUUUCUCAUGGAAAAACUCUGAUUUCAUCUAACAAUUUUCCAUCCUAAGACUUUUCCAAGACUGUUAGCAUAUUUUGUUGACCAGCUCUUUUAAUAUCUUUGAAAUUAAUAUUCAGAAGAUGACAUAAGGCCUCAUGUUUUUGCUGCUUUUGGUUCAGCUUGUGCGCAUUUGCUAACCCAUAAGGGGACAACAUUAGGCCAGAAACAUUGAACUGACUGCUUGUUAAAUUUAGAAGAAGGGACUAAUGAUUCCAACGCAUGGAUGUUUUGCAAUCAAUGGAGGAAAAAAAAGACUUCAUUCCCUGCCUCAAGUCAAACAGCUGCAGCCUGUUUUUUUGUUAAUCAGUGCUUGAAUCCAAACAGUCCGAAGCUUUGUGACGUCUUCGUCUGGUUCAGCCAAUGAGGCUUCGAGCUGUGUGUCUAAAUGUCUGUUACCCAUUUAUGAGAGAACAAAUGUUUGUUGCAGAAAUGUUUAGUUCUUGAAAUAUUUAGUUACUACUAGUGGGAAAAUGUAAUGCUAACAAAGAAAAUGCAAUGCCUUUUGAAAUCUGCCAAAAAGAGCCAGUCAUAAAUAUGUUGUUUUUUUUCCACAAAAAAAAAAGAAAAACAAGGCAUUAUCCCUUUAAAAUUAUGAUUGCAAUAUAAGGAAAUGAACACUUUUGAAGCUCAUGUAACUUCUGAGAUGCAUUUAAAACUAAUAUAACCACAGUUGAUUUUUAUACAGAAAAAGAAAAAGGAUCACUUUAAAGAACUGCACUCAACCACAAUCCACGCUUCUGUAAUGAUUAUAAAUUAUGAAGAGACUUUCUUUUUUAUUGAAUCUUUUUAUCAAUGUCCAGAUGAAAUCAGUGGUACUAGAUGUAUUUUUCUGGAACAAAAAAAGUAUUUUUCAUAGUGAUUUGUGGAAAUAAACUUGGAAAAAAUCA